UGCAAAUAACGACAAGCAAUGAUACAAAAAACUACACGACUCUUCAGAAAAGGGCACAUUUUAACCAGAUGCGGGGCAAUAAAUGGCAAAGGAAGCGUGUCACCCACUGAGAGACAUUCAGAUGUUAAAGGGUCUCUUUAUAGUCACUCAAGCGCUUUAAGAUGUUAAUUUUACACGCGUGUAUAUAAGAGCUUGAGACUGAGGACACACUCAGAUAUCACGAGACAUCAUCUUACCAUCAACAUGCAGGAAGAAACUGGGAAUUCUGGCACGCAGGGAAAAACUUCCUUCUCUAUCGCGGAUAUCCUGGAUCCCUGCAAAUUCAUUGGGAAGCAUCAGCAGGUGCACAACACAAGAGUUGAAAUAAAUCAAGAAAAUGACAAGACGACUGAAACCACUUCCAGAAAAGACCAAAAUGCUUCAAUCAUCCGUGACGGAUCCGAAGUCAAAGUAAAGCCGAAGCGGAUCCGCACCGCGUUCACACUGGAUCAGCUUCGCAUUCUGGAGCGAAGCUUUCAAAACAGCCACUAUCUGUCUGUGUUUGAACGGCACGGCAUCGCUUCAGCUCUCUGUCUGUCUGAAACUCAGGUCAAAAUCUGGUUUCAAAACAGACGAACCAAAUGGAAGAAGGAGCGAGAAGGUCAUGGAGGAGAAGAAGAAGAGGAGGCAAACUACGGCACACCUCCAGCUCUUCUGUAUACGAUUCCUGGACAUCACACGAACCCUGCGGUGCAUUAUUACACACAACAUCAUUACAUGAACUCACCUUACCAACAUCACACACUCAUGAUGUACUGAUCUAUAAAGGGUUUCACAGUCUGAUGUCAUUAAAGACCCAAAACCAGUUUACUGAUCUAAAUAACUUACUGUGAAACAUCAAGGACCUUUAUUAUCUCCAAAAACAUCCAGCAAUUUAACUUUAUAAAAUCCAGAAUGAUUCUUGACAAGAAGAGAGGUCUUGCCGAUCCUUUGUUGGUUAAUGGACACAAGCAGUUUACAAUAAUAUUUUAUGUUUUACUUAUUGUCAUAUUUAUAAGGUCUUUGGCAACUGUAUUUAUAUUUCAUUUUAAUUGUAUGUUAUUGUAAAAUUCACAAAAAUUUUAUAUUUUUGCACUCUUACACUUUGUUAUAAAUAAAAUAUAUUAGAUAUAACAA